AUGCAGGUUGUCUCCAUCGACGACUUCAUACAUCAGUCCUUUGACUUCCUCGUCAUCGGCGGUGGAACUGCUGGCCUAGCUGUUGCAUCUCGUCUAGCUCAAGAUGGGAACUUCACCGUUGGAGUCCUUGAGGCUGGAGGGACGGCAAACGGGCGUGAUGAUGUUGAAAUCCCAGGCUAUCUUGCGAGAUCGCUGGGCACUGAACUCGACUGGAAGUUUAAAACAACACCGCAAGCUCGACUUGGUGGAAGGACGGUCAAUUGGCCGCGAGGGAAAGCCCUCGGUGGAUCGAGUGCCAUCAACUUUAUGACUUGGAUGAGAGGUGCCAGAGAGGACUAUGAUGCAUGGGAGGCGCUAGGGAAUCCCGGAUGGGGAUGGGAUAAGUUGCUCCCCUAUUUCAAAAAGUCGGAAACGUUUCAUCCACCUAGCGAUUCUGUUCGGGAUAAAGAGGAUCUCCGAUAUGACCUGGAGGCCUUUGGGGAUUCAGGACCGAUUCACAUCUCUUAUGCCAAAGAAUAUCAACCAUCUAAUCAGCUAUACUUCAAGGCACUCAACUCGGUGGGCGUGCCAACAAAUUCGGCUCAUUUUGCAGGAUCGAAUGUUGGGGCGUGGACAAAUGUCAACAACAUUGACCCUCGCACAAUGACUCGAUCCUUUGCGACCAACUAUUGUGCCUUGGCUGGUUCUAAUCUUCACAUCUUGACUGAAGCCAUCGUUCAAGAUGUUGUCCUUGACAAGAUUGAUAAUGCAUAUAGAGCCUCUGGAGUUCGUUUCAUUUAUAAAGGUCAAGAGCAUGUCGUCUCAGCAUCUCGAGAAGUCAUCUUGUCCGCUGGAAGCAUCAAGUCACCGCAGAUACUAGAGCUAUCAGGCAUAGGCAACCCUGAGGUAUUGUCUCGAGCCGGCAUUGACGUCAAAGUGGAUAGUCCCAUGCUAGGAGAAAACCUACAGGAGCACAAAGCGAUCCAUAUGGUCGUGGAAGUUGACCCAGAGCUUGAGAACAGAGAUGAUCUCUUCUUUGAUGCUGAUCGCGCGGCAGCAGCUCUAGCACAGUAUGAUCGGGACCAAACUGGCCCUCUCGCCCGCAUUUCCUCCUCGUACAGCUUUGUACCCCUUGCCACUUUCAUGCCGCAAGAUACUUUGGAGAGGUUAUAUUCUCAGGCCAAAGAUCUAACCGGAUUUUCCUCAGAAAAGAAAGCCCUCAUGGAACAGCGUCUGAAAGAUAUUGAUAAGAUUGGCCAGAUGGAAUUUAUCUUUGCACUUGGCGCUGCGCCCUUGGCAGAGACUGGCAAGAAGUUUGGCACAUUGUUCCAGAUUCUCCAGUAUCCUUUCUCUGUUGGUUCAAUCCACGUCCAACCAACACCCUCUGAGAAAGAUGAUCCUGUGAUUGACCCUAGGCAUUACGACGGCCCCCAUGGCGAGAUAGAUCUCGAUAUCAUGCUAGAAUCGACCCGUUUUGGUCGUAACGUAUUAUUGGCGCCCUCUUUCAGCAAGAUUGUGAGACAACUAGCAUAUCCCCCUGCCAGCUUAUUCACAGAUGACGAGGAUGUCAAGACGUGGAUCCUUGACAGCACCGCUGUAGCAUAUCAUCCUAUUGGUACAUGCGCCAUGGGCGGUCGCGCAGGUAUUGAGGGAGGAGUCGUGGAUGAGAGGCUCAAGGUAUAUGGAGUCAAGGGCCUGCGAGUAGUGGAUGCGAGCAUCAUGCCGCUUCAUAUUAGUGCGCACAUACAGGCGACUGUGUAUGCCAUUGCGGAAAAGGGAGCAUCUAUGAUCCUUGAAGAUGCGGCAAGAUAUUGA